UAGAAGCGAAGUGUAAAAAAACUAAGCGAAAUAACAUUGAGUUUGAAGAGAGUCUACUUCGGUCUUAGUUCUCCUAGAAUGAUUCUUGUGCUGUCGAUCGCGAUGCGUAAAACAACUAAAACUCAGGGGGUAGGAUAACGAAACCGAAAGCAACAAAAAAUAUCUGAUACAACUAGACAUAGUUAUAAAUCUAUUAGCACUUGAUGUUAAUUUGUUUGAUGUUACUUAGUUUUUGACGAGAACUACAUUAUACAGAUAUCAGAUACAACGCGCAUCAGGAUCGUAACAACAAGUAGUAGAACAACAAGCUCAAAGAAGAUGAAGAAUUAGUGGAGAACAACAGGAAGAAGUAGUGCAGUAGAACCAGAAUAUCAAGAAAAAUGGGUGUCGUUAUAUCCCCCGCAGUAGCUGAGCUGUACGUGCAGUACAGCACGGGCCUCAUGCUUGUAGUAGGUGUGAUCACGCUCAUCGCCACUCUACUCAUUCGUGCCCCGUUUAAGGCUCCUUACGUUAUAUACUUAUAUAUUUCAUCGUCGCACAUUACAUAGCGUUGAGUGAGGCCCUUGAACUUGAAGAAGAUGCAUCUUCCUAGACUCUCCUUCGACGUCCCUGUUCGUUGUAAGGGGAAAAUCAUGCGGUCAAAGAUGCGCUUGAAGAUGAAAAAAAAUAAUAAGGGAGGUCUAAUGCAUACGGAAGAUACGCCUCAAGGAAGUGGGGACCUAUGUUCGAUGCACGGUUAGCGUGGUUCUUGCAAGAGUCGCCAGCUUUCUGGGUUCCACAGCUGGUCAUGUACGACCAGUAUUUGGCGCUCGGAGGAAUGGGAGAAUUGCUCAGGUAGCAGUUACUGAUCAUGAAUAAUUAUUUUUAGUGAGUAGCUUACUUUGCUUUUUCUUUCUUAGAUCAUAGACAACUUAGUCGAGAUUGAAGAGAUCGACGUGAAGAUGGAAAGAUGAAUGAAGACUCUCUCGUGAAGACUUUCUCCUCAUUUUCACUUGUGAACCUCGAAACAAAUCACAGGUCACUUCAUCCUUGUGCGUGGAUCCUGCUAUUGUUUUUUCAGCUGCACUACUUUCAAAGAGCGGUUAUAUACCCUCUCUGUCGCAUGCCUGCAAGCGCCACGCCAGUACCCCUGACAGUGUCCAUGCUGGCCUUCCUGAUAUGGCAUUACUAGAGCAGAGAAAGCUCCUGUGAGUGUUUUCCUUUGUUCAUGCUUUUCGUUCGCUUCCCUCACUUCUGAACAGAAUCAGAACACGCUCAAACAGAUGCCAACGGCUCCUCUUUAUAAUUAUUCAACAUAUUAAAAAUUCUUGCAGCUCUGUUGGUUACUUUUUCAUGUGGUUGUCGUUGUGGGCGAAGAUGAUUAGCAUUAGUUAUAAUCAAGUUACAAACAACUUCGCUUUCAUCGCCUUCUGCUCCCUCAAUUGCUUCUAACCCUCUUCUGCCUCUGGAAUGGUCUCCAACAGUCUCUAGCAUUGGUUUACGUUGUGAAAUAUGACGAUUCCUGGAUGCUAGGACAGCCAUUUUUUCGAUUAGGAAUGACUUUGGCUUUCUUGGGCAUGUUUUUGAACAUUCACUCCGAUUCGAUCUUGCUGAACCUCAGAAACGCAGGAGAAAGUGCGGGAGGGAAAGCCACAGCUUCCACAAGGUACCACCUCCAGAGCCGCGAAAGGUCUGCGUUCAGUAGUCUCAUUUCUGUCGUGAAGAGGCGAAUAGACGGAGAGCAAGAACGAGGCCGUAGUCGAUCCCCCAGACCUGCUAAUGGAGCUAGACAAAGAAAAAGAUUAGGUAGUCCUGGAACGAAGGCAGGUGGCUCUUCACCGAAGAGUGCAGCGUCGGAGAAGGAAUACAAGGUACUUGAAUAGAACACUUAUAAUAUAGAUACUUAUUGGUUUCGUUCUGCUUUUGGACAUUUUGCUACACUUUCCUACACUACACUUUCCUACACUGCUGCUAUUGUGAAUAGGAUAUUACUUGGACACACUUCUUCCAUCACCCUCUCAAUCUCAAAGAACAACACAUACACCAACUGCAAGAACUACACGACGGACCAGCACAACUGCUCGUCGUUCCCACAUGAUCAAUGGAAGAACAGAUAGCUCGUCGUUCCCACAUGAUGAAUCCAAGAACAGAUACCUUACGGUGGCUUGUUUACACCAGCACUUUAUCAGUCGUUCCCACAUGAUGAAUCCGAUACAUAGAUACCCUACGGUGGCUUGUUUGAGUAUACUUCGGCAGCGAAUCUGACGGCGGAGAUUCUGGAGUGGGGUGGUUUCGCCAUCGCCGCGUGUUCCUUACCAGCCGCUGCAUUCGCGUGGUAUACCUUCAGCAAUAUUGGGCCGCGUGGUCACCACCAUCAUCAGUGGUACCUAAAGAAAUUCGGAGAAGCCUAUCCAAAACACAGAAAAGCUGUUAUACCGUUUAUCUGGUAAGAAGAAUUUUGUCUUGAAUAUUUAGAAUAUUAUGGAGGUAGAAAGUAGAAGGAGAAUGGCUCAAGGAGCUGGGCCAGGAGGUCUUAGGGAAGAGGAAAAAUGUUUUUUAAGUUCGUGCUGGUACAGUUUUGGGAUGGUGUUUUUUGAAGUGUUUCUUGGAUGAUGAAUUUUCGUCGUGUAGUUGUGAAGAUCGCCGUGAGAAGAAGAUGACCAACAAUUACAGCGGAAGGUGAAGGACCAGCACCUUGGUGCUUGAUCAUUCGAGUUCGACCACCGCUCACCGCAUAUUUUAUUAAUAUCGCGCAACGGUAUUUUUGGUAUGAUACUAUCUUUCUCGUUUUUUGAAGUAAAGAAUGGGUAGUAGCACUACGGAAAAAAAAAUUAUGUGGACCUCUCCGUUUUUGAUGCUCUGGGAAUGGGUAGUGCUACGGGAAAAAGAAUUAUAUGGACCUCUCCGUUUUUGAUGCACUGGGAGAGGACACCAGAAAAAAUCCGUAGGGAAAGAUUCGCGCAGAUUACGUAUGUUGAAAACAUUGCCCGAGCACUUUGCUGUGCCAUUUUUCGAAGACG